CGCAACGAUUACCGAAAUAGGAAACCAUGCAGCUGGAGGCAUAGUUACUCGUAGAUACUUAUAUAACACCCCCCCGCGAUCUCAUGAGAUCUGAUGCUCAUAAGCAGUAGUUACAAGGUAUUCAGCUGCAAGUCAAUUAUCGAGCCUCUCAUUUUGACUACUUCAUCCUUUUCCUUACCUAUUCAUUGCCCACUGCUACAUUUGCUGGAUCUUUGUUGUCUCCAAUGGCUAUCAGUUACCGCCAUGGGAUCUCCAUCCUGGAACUCAUCUUUUACACACCCGCCAUUUUUGUUGCGCUAUUGCUGGCAUUUCGACAUGGUUUCAGGAAGAGUUCCGGGUGGUACUAUUUCAUCAUAUUCAGUCUUGCCCGCAUCGUGGGUUCAUGCUGUUAUCUAGCCACAAUCAGCUAUCCAACAUCAACCGACCUGUAUAUUGCAUAUGCGGUGUGCUCGUCAGUGGGUGUAGGACCGCUACUUCAUGCUAACACGGGUCUUCUUUCGAGAAUCAAUGAUUCGAUCGAUCGAAAAACGAACCGACCGCUCAACCCACUCAUCUUUCGAGGACUCCUUUUCCUUACGCUGGCUGCUCUGAUCGUAGGAAUUGUCGGUCAAACAACCGGCGGUUCUUCUGCCGCGACUCUUGCGCACCCCAAAAUCGAAACGAAGAUCGGUAUCAUCCUCUUCGUGGUCAUUUGGGUAGCCAUUUGCUUUAUCCUGCUUGCCCUCCGUGGCAGAUACAACGAUAUUGAGGAUGGAGAGCAUCGCCUUCUCGCCGCGGUGGGAAUGUCAUUGCCCUUCAUUCUCGUGCGGCUCAUUUACUCGGUCCUUUCUGUCUUCGUGCACAACUCAGACUUCAACAUGAUCACCGGCAAUGUGACAAUAAUGCUCGUCAUGGCUGUUCUGGAGGAAUUUGCUGUCGUCGUGAUCUGUCUUGGUAUCGGGUUGACAUUGCAGGUUCGACAGUCGGUUGCUGAUCCGGAACAACCACAGACUGGAUACCCAGCAGAUCAGGGUUACCGGAAUCAGCGUGAGGGAAAGGGGCCGAGAUCUUCAGAGCCAAGAUACCAGCCAACUCCAGCAGAUCCAUACGAAGCGGAAAUGAGUUAUCUUCCUAAGCAGCCGAGGAGACACAGAAGAAGAGGAGGUCCGAUCACGCAGCUGGUCAGACUAGCUGCAGAUGAGAUCCAAGACAGGAGAUACGGCUAGGUCUAUGAUAUCUUGAACCAUUGUUCAUUUAGUUUGUUUUGUUAUACCCGUGUUUUCUACACAGAGGAAUGUUUUUCCAUUUGUGCUUAGCAAUUGUUGAUUUUGAAUAGAUGGGAACAAAGCUUUUUGUCUUUCCCCUUUCUUACUAGACAUUUAUGCACGAUAAUAAUGUUACCAACCACACCACGAUCUGACCGGAGACUGAUAGCAAGCCCUAAAAACCAGUAAACCCAUUCAUAGACUAACCCCAAUGGGUCUUUUGUCAUCUUCCGUUUUGUUGAGGCCUAAGUCUGCUUGUCGCUUGGGACGAAAUCCGGC